UCUCUCUAUAUAUAGUCAGCUUCGAACCAUUCACAAUCUCCCCUCAUCUCUCUCUCUCUCUCUCUCAACCUCCACAUCCAACAAGAAAAGAACAAAAACAACAGAGAUCGACGCCUCAUUGUGUCCAUUGAUCCAUUUCCAUCUCAACACAGGAAUCAGCAGAGCUCCGUCCAUGGCCGUCCCGACCAAGUUGCCUCUCCUCCUCUUUGUCUCUUCUCUCCUCCUCCAUGCAGCUCUAGCUGAGAUUAUAUGCGAGGAGAUACCCAACGACAUGUGUGCGUUCGCCAUCGCGUCCUCUGGGAAGCGAUGCUUGCUGGAGACCUUCGCAUCCGGGGACAGCGAUGUGGAGUACCAAUGCAGGACGUCGGAGGUGGUCGUGGAGAGGAUGGCCGGGUAUGUGGAGACCGACGAGUGCGUCCGGGCCUGUGGGGUAGACCGGAGAUCUGUUGGGAUCUCGUCCGAUGCCCUCCUCGACCCGCAAUUCACCUCCAGGCUCUGCGCUCCCCAGUGCUUCCAGAACUGCCCCAACAUCGUUGACCUCUACUUCAAUUUGGCUGCCGGAGAAGGGGUAUACUUGCCGGAUCUCUGCGAGGCACAACGCACGAACCCUCACCGCACCAUGAUCGAGUUCUUGAGCUCCGGAGCGGCCCCUGGCCCCGCAUCAGCCGAGUCGUCCACGCUCUUCGCCAUGGCCCCAUCUCCUGAUUCCCUGUGAUGACUGACGAGAGGGACAUAUACAAAUUGUUCCCAUGUUUUUUUGUUUUGUCGUGGGUUUUGGCUCUGGUAAUUACAUGUUGUAACAGGAAUAAUAAUCGACCCAGAUAUAUAUAGGCAAAAAAGGAUGGGCUAUGUACCGUGUUUUAAUUUGACGUCGCAAGCAGAUUUGCUGAGGAUUCUGUACACGUAACUGAGGAGUGCUUUCGGGAUUUUCCCAAUCUUUCUUUUCUAAUAAAAUUCAAGGCAUACAUUAUUUUUU